AUGCCGCGCAACAGCAGACCUUCUCUCAUCCAGAAAAUAGCCAAACAAGCGGACAUCACGUUUAAAAACUGCUGCUCUCCGGGGAUCGGGCACAGUAAAGAGUUCGCGGCGAACCUAACCGAGCUGGGUGCGCUGUUGAACAGGAUCAGAGCCGCAGAUCUGAACGUUAUAGCGCGCAAAGACGCGUCAGGCUCGGCUGAAAGUUCGGGUCCGCAGGCGCACCUGAGCGCUCCGGUCAGCUACACGCACAUCUGUGAGACUCGAACCUUCAGCAUGGGUGUGUUCACACUGCGCAGCGGUGCGUCCAUUCCUCUACACGACCACCCGGACAUGAACGGCAUGCUCAAAGUGCUCUACGGCAAGGUGCGCAUCCGCUGCUUCGACAAAUCCGAGCCCGGACCCGACAGCCAGGCUCCGGUCCCGGAGGAGAAGGAGUCGGUGCGGCUGGCGGUGCUGCGCGCAUGUGGGGAGUUCACCGAGCACAGCGCGCCGUGCGUACUGAGCCCCCACAGGGACAACCUGCACCAGAUCGACGCCCUGGACGGACCCGCCGCUUUCCUGGACAUCCUGGCACCGCCUUACGACCCGGAUCAUGGCAGGGAUUGUCACUACUACCGAGUGUUACGCACAGACACCCAGAACGGCGACGAUACCAAGAAGGAAACCGUCUGGCUUUUGGAGAUCCCUCAGCCUGAGGAAUUCUGGUGCGGGGGCGAACCCUACAGAGGCCCCAGAGUUACAGUUUAG